CGGUCACACUGUUAGCCAUCAGCAAUGUUAUGGGUUUUUCUUUGUGCUUACAAUUCAUAAAAAGUGUUUAAUUUAUUGAAAAUGGAUCAACCCGAUGACCAUUUUCGUUAUAUACAUAGCUCAUCACUGCAUGAGCGAGUACAGAUUAAAGUAGGUACACUGGAGGGGAAGAAACGUCAGCCAGAUUAUGAGAAACUACUGGAUGAUCCUACACUACGGUUCUCUGGUCUCUAUUCCGAAGAAUAUCCCUCCUUUCAGGUGCGCCUUCAGGUUUUUAAUAAUGGUCGGCCCUAUUGCCUUCCCGUAAAUAGUUCCUAUAAGGCAUUUGGUAAGCGAUGGAGUUGGAAUGAAUGGGUAACGCUGCCCCUCCAAUUUUCCGACUUGCCGCGCUCGGCGAUGUUGGUGAUGACCAUUUUGGAUUGCUCGGGGGCGGGACAGACGACAGUGAUUGGGGGCACAGCUAUAUCAAUGUUUGGCAAAGAUGCAAUGUUCCGCCAGGGUAUGUACGAUCUGCGCGUUUGGCUUGGUCAAGAGGGCGAUGGCAGCUUUCCAAGUAAGACGCCUGGCAAGGGCAAGGAAUCCUCCAAAUCGCAAAUGCAACGCUUAGGAAAGUUGGCCAAAAAGCAUCGCAAUGGUCAGAUCCAGAAAGUCGAUUGGCUGGAUCGUUUGACAUUCCGUGAAAUUGAAGUGAUCAAUGAAAGGGAGAAACGUAUGUCGGAUUACAUGUUUCUAAUGAUUGAGUUUCCCGCCAUCAUAGUCGAUGAUAUGUACAAUUAUGCUGUCGUCUACUUUGAGCCCGAUGGCGAUGCCAAAUAUAAACUUCCAGCAAAACCAAAACUGGUCUCUGUACCAGAUUCAGAAAUUCAAAUGGAAAAUCUUGUGGAACGGAAACAUCAUCGUUUGGCUCGUUCAGAGCGAUCUGGCAUAUCGGAUCGUGAUGCCAAGCCAACAGCUCACAUACGAGAUCAACUGCAUACCAUUGUCUAUCGCCAGCCACCUACAUAUGUCCUAAGCAGCGAGGAGCAGGAUUUGGUGUGGAAAUUCCGCUUUUAUUUAUCGUCCCACAAAAAGGCUUUGACCAAAUUUCUCAAGUGCAUCAACUGGAAACUUGAAGAUGAGGUAACGCAAGCCCUUUGGAUGCUGGCAAACUGGGCACCAAACGACGUUGAGGAUGCCUUGGAACUAUUAAGUCCACAAUUCACACAUGCCCAGGUUCGGAAGUAUGCCAUCAGUCGCCUGGCUCAAGCACCAGAUGAGGAUUUACUCUUAUAUUUGCUGCAAUUGGUGCAAGCUCUCAAAUAUGAGGAUCCGCGGAAUAUUCUCCACUUGCACAAUUGCAUUUUUCCCGAGCGGGAUGUUGUACAUUCUAUCCUUGAUGAUAAUGGCUCCCUGCUAGAUCAGAGCAGCAUUUCGGAACUGAGUGGGGCAAGCAGUGCAUUGCACAAUUCGGUAAUUGCAUCCAGUCAGAAAGCAGCGGCAACUGGAGUUAGUCCGGGUGGCACUGGAGGACGUGGAAGUCCAGCAGCCGGUACUGGCGAUGCCUCAUCCAUAGCCUCUGAUUCAACAUCGAAUGCAUUGAUUCUACCAGAGGGUAUCAGCAUUGGCACUGUUCCCUCCAAUCUCUGUACAUUCCUUAUACAGCGAGCCUGCAUGAAUCCCACUCUGGCCAAUUAUUUCUAUUGGUAUCUGUCGAUUGAAGUGGAAGAUGUGGCGGAAUCAGUACGUAAACAGGAUGAACGGGCCCAUGACAUGUAUGCCAUGGUCCUUAAAAUGUUUCUCAAAGUCCUGGAGAAUGGAAACUUCAGUUUACGAGGUAUUUUCUAUAAUCUCCGAAAGCAACGCCGUUUCAUUGAUGAGCUGGUUAAACUGGUCAAACUGGUGGCAAAGGAGCCAGGCAACCGCAAUAAAAAGACAGAGAAGUUUCAAAAACUUCUUAACGAACAGGACAUGUUCAAGGUGAACUUUACCAACUUUGAGCCCAUACCAUUUCCCCUAGAUCCAGAGAUUUGCAUAACCAAAAUUGUUCCGAUGCGCACAUCGCUCUUUAAAAGUGCAUUAAUGCCGGCCAAGCUUUCGUUUGUGACUUCUAUAGCUCAUCAUGAGUAUGUGGCGAUCUUUAAGCAUGGGGAUGAUUUGCGUCAGGAUCAGCUUAUCCUUCAGAUGAUAACCCUUAUGGAUAAGCUGUUACGCCGCGAAAAUCUUGAUCUUAAAUUGACCCCAUAUAAAGUGUUGGCCACCAGCUCAAAACAUGGUUUCCUUCAGUACAUUGAUUCCUGCACUGUGGCCGAUGUAUUGGCCCGAGAAGGCAACAUACACAAUUUUUUUAGACGUCAUCAUCCCUGCGAUAAUGGCCCUUAUGGCAUAUCAGCUGAGGUGAUGGACACCUAUAUAAAAAGCUGUGCUGGUUACUGCGUAAUAACCUAUUUGCUGGGCGUUGGCGAUAGGCAUUUGGAUAAUCUCCUAUUGACAACGAACGGCAAACUUUUUCACAUUGAUUUUGGUUAUAUAUUGGGACGAGAUCCCAAACCAAUGCCACCACCCAUGAAACUGAGUAAGGAAAUGGUCGAAGCUAUGGGCGGUAUCAGUUCGGAGCAUCAUCAUGAGUUCCGCAAGCAAUGCUAUACGGCAUAUUUGCAUCUUCGUCGGCAUGCCAAUGUGAUGUUAAAUCUGUUCUCGCUUAUGGUGGAUGCCACAGUGCCAGAUAUAGCUCUGGAGCCGGAUAAGGCCGUUAAAAAGGUGGAAGAGAAUCUCCAGUUGGGUCUAACAGAUGAAGAAGCUGUGCAGCACUUACAAAGCCUGCUCGAUGUGUCCAUCACCGCUGUAAUGCCGGCACUGGUCGAGCAGAUUCAUCGAUUUACUCAAUACUGGAGAAAGUAAAAUCUUAAGAGAGAAAAGAGGAGUAUCUCUUUAUUAUGUGAUAGGCAGGGAAUGCAAUUUGGGUAAAUAAUUGCGUGACAAUUGCUUUCGCUUUCCCUGACUGUUAUUGACUCAUUUUAUCUGACGAUGUCUUGCGGAAAUCGAAUGAGAUCUUACAUUACAUUUCUAAACUGUUUUAGUAUGUCAUGAAGCUGUAUAUAUAUAUAUUUAUUCUGUAUGUGCAUAUUCC